AUGAGAAGAUCAUCUUUAUCAGUUGUUUCAAAUAAAAUAAGUCCUUAUUUAGAAUCGAUCAAAUCUAAAAGAAGCAAUAGUUUUUCAUAUGCGAAAUUGGAUAACACUUUUUGUGAGAUACAAAAUCAAUUGGAAGAUGAAGAAGAUGAAAUAGAAUUAUCUCCAAAACCAUAUAUUAAUAUGCUUUCUGGAUUGAAUAAAAAUAUAGAUAGUAAUAAUAAUAUAGAUAAAGAGUCAAAACAUUCAGAUGAAAUGAAUAGAGAUAAUAAUAAUAAUAAUAAUAAUAUGAAAAUGAAUGAAAAUGAUGAUGAUGAGUCGUUGGAAUCUGACGAUGACAAUGAAUGUACAUCGGAGGCAAUCUUUAAAAAAGGUGAUUUCCUUUUGAAAUCGGUAGAGAACACUCCCAUUCCACCGAGGAAUGGCAAAAUGGAUAGUAGACUUGCAAAGAUAUUGAUGGACAAGAAUCUUAGAUCGUCUCUGAAAGACAAGGCAUUGAUUUCCGACAAACAAAAGUAUUGUGAAUUCCUCUGGAAACGUUAUACCAACUACCGAUAUAUUCCAAAUACCACUAGAUAUAUAAACAAGAUAUUUCAAUAUCAGAAACAGCCAGAGAUUAUAGUUUCCGAUGUUCCUCUCAUCGCCGAAACAUUGGAACAAGAAUUCCAGGAGCCAGCAACCAACUCUUCUUCCUCGGAUUCAUCUUCAUCUUCGGAAUACUCAAUGAAUCCAGAUGCAUCGCCAGUGGGAUUGGUUGACAGAGUGUUUCAUUACAGUAAACAUGUUCCAGUGAAUUUGAAACAAUACAACCCAUCGCCUCUGGAGAAAAGGAGGUUAAAGACCGAUCUUGGAGUGAUCCAUGUGGAAACAUUGAAAACUAUUCCAGAGGAUGUCACUGUGAAAAGCGGUGUUCCUCCACUGGAAUUGAUAAGUCACAACUAUAAAUCGGUGGAACUAGAUGUAACCAGCUUGAAAUGGACGAAAUACAUUCCUCUGGUUACGUUUGCUAUAUCGUUGGCAACCUCGGCACUCGCGAUCCAGUGGCGUACAAUGAACACCUUGUUUUCAACACCGGCAUGGCUAUACAAGAUCUUUGUAUCUAUGUCCUCUGCUAUAUUAGCGCUUGCAAUGACCAUCGAAGUGAUCAAACACCAUUCAGGUGACCUAUUGGUGUAUCAUAGCAAUGUCGCUCUUCCAGAUUGCCGAUAUUUGUAUUGA